AUUUUCAUAGGUUUCUCCAUUUAUUAAAUAUAUUUGUAAUGUUAAUAAACCAUAACGAAACAUAUUGAAAAUAAUUUUUUGAUUUUACUCAUCAACUUCCCGAAAAUAUUAAGCAGCAAAAAACAAAUAUGGUAUCUGUUGAAACGAUCGCCUCGAUAUUUAUCAAGGCCUUAAAAAUGGUUUUGAAUCUAAUCAUAAUAAUUCUAUAUCGCGUUGGCGAUGGCGGUGAAUUUUUAGGCAUUGGUGGUACAUGGAAUUUAAAUGAGGAGAAAAGUGCCGAUUGCGAAAUAGUAGCCUCCGGAGUAAUGGUAGGUUUUUUCAUUUAUACCGGCUGUCAUACUAUAGCGUACUUAUUUGGUACUACCAAGCACAAGAAAGAGUUAACCGAUACUAUUAUGAAUGUUGUCGGGACAUUUAUGUGGGUAGCUGUGGGAGGAACGGCUCUUCACUAUUGGAAAGGUUAUAUGAAAGAUAGCGAUUACUUGUAUGUAGCUUCAGAGAGGCAAGUUGGUCUAGCAAUGGGCGCAUUGUGCGUCAUUGAAGGUGCCCUCUAUUUACUUGAUACUGUCCUAGCUUGCAUACAUUAUUCAAAAGGCGACUCGGAGUUCAUGCAAUAAAAGUGUAUACAUAUAUAUAAGAUAGAAAUUUCAUUUCCGAUAGAGAGAGAGAGAGAGAGAGAGAGAGAGAGAAAGAGAGAAAGAGAGAGAGUAAAAAAAAAAAAAAAUGAUCAAUAAUUACGAAUAAUUUUUUUGUUUAUAUAGAUUUUAAGUCAAACUUAUGCAACUGCAACAAGCCAUCAUUAAAAAAUUCAUAAAAAUGUCUAAUUUUUUCACUUUGGUUUAUUCAAAUAAAAGUUACUUCAUUUUCACUAUUAUAAAAGAUUUUUUACACACACACACACAUACACACAUGCAUAUGUAUUGUUUACUUUGAAACAUUUGAUUGUUUUGUGUUGACUCGAGUUAAUUAAACGCAACGCUGAACGUUUAAUGCACAUAUAGUAUCUAAUUGAAUGUCAACGUUAGUUGCUUAAUUAAAUGUUAUCGAUGUAAAAAAAUAAAUGCCGUUUUUUCUUCUAAGCCAAAUAACUGUAGUAUGUUAGCGCAAUUCAAUUCAUCGGCUAUCGAAGACAAAAAAAAAGAGAAAUUUUCAAUUAAGGGAAGAAUGCCUGCAUCGCAGAUACAAAUAAAUUCUGUAACUUUUUCGUAGCUUAAUAACUGAAAUAUGGAUCAUAAUUAUCUAUAGACUCUUGUCACAAUUUUUCACAGAACUUGCGCUCUAAUCGGAAGAUAAAAGAUCUACAAAAAAGGAUCGCCAAUCGGAAGAAAAGGUCCUAAAGCCAAAGUUGAACAUAACUUUUUCAGUUGCUUUUGCUGGAGAUGGGCCGACGUUCGUAAAUUUUAACGUUCUCAAUACAAACAUAUUUCGCACGAAAUAUCACUAACAACAUUUCAAAUAUUUCAUAGCUUACAGUAUUUUCACAUCUAUUUCGUUGCCCUUUGAUGUACGCUGACCGAAAGCUUAUAAACAGUUGAAACUUGUACCGUAGAGACCGUGCCAAUAUCUAAGCUAUGAAUACCCGAAAUUUCGGUAAAAAUCAGCCCGUCUUAUACAACUUCCAGAAUAUAACAAGGAAGUCCCUGUAUAGAAAGUAGUCAACCGUAAUAACACAAAUAUUAAUAGAGGGUGAUAUCGGGAAUGGCCAAUAAGCGAUCUUAAAUUAUCGCAAUCUGAUGUUAAUUUUUUGGUAAAGCACAGAUUCUAUUCAUUCUAUCCAUAUACGCAUUGCAAUGCAUUUUCGUGACAUUUGUCCCCAAAAUGAAAAUCGAAAACUUUUGAUUAUAAUGCAGUUAGCGGCGUUCAUUAGUUUUGAUAUUUCUUGUCUCUUCAUACAUGAUAUUGAAUUUCAAUUGAAUAAAAUGAAGAAAUUUCGAUUUGGGUAAUAUAAAUGACGUUCGAUAGUUCGAUUCGUGCUUGAAAUGUCCAUUUUUUACUCCUCAAAAUAAUCAACGUCCAACGGAAGGCAUUUAAUGUCUGUUUUUAAUACUCACUAGAAAGCGAAAACUUUCAUCCAAUGAAAGGGGUCAUCCGAGAAAUCAUUUAAAUAAAACGACACGAAAACAUAAGAAAUUCUGAACAUGUGCAGCCCAAGCGACAUACUCCUAACAUCACCAAAUGUUGGGCAAUAUUCUCACGCAUGCGGAAACGCUUAUAUGCGAUCACUUUAAUAUGUUGAACCACAAAAACAAAAAAAAAAAAAAAACAAGAGAAAAUUUCGAAAAUAAUCGAGAAAAAACUCUUCAAUCAGACUAUGCGCAGAGAAAUCAAUUAAGUUAAACUAAAAAUUAUUAUUUGAGAAACGGAAGAUUAUCGGGUAGGAAGAUUUUAUUAUUCGCUAUGAAACGAGUACGAGUAGAAGUUAGCAGUGUUGCCAUGUGUUGCGAAUAUAGAAUUUAUGCAUAGAAACCUUGAAAAAUCUCAACUCGAAACAAUUACAAAAUGUUUUCCUAUAAUUUGCAUUGUUUUUUUUUAUUC